UCCUAAACGACAAACGAGUGAGCAAUUAAAAGUUCAAUUGAUUUCUAAUGUUAAUACUCUGUCACUGUACCUAAAAUUCGUAGACAUAUUUCUCACAAUAAAAAUAACAAUAAUAGAAGUUUCUUGUGACUAUCGUAAAAGGUUUAAAAGUGAUUUAAGAAAAAGUUUUCCAGACCCUAAUGCCAGCAGGCUAAAGCAAGCCUCAUUGCCAAUUCGACUUGCAAUGAAAAAAACUUCAUUUUGGAUAAAUGACGCUCAACAAGCCCUACAAGACAAAAUCCAGAGAUCUCUAAAUGAAGGAAAAGCGAAAAAUGUAAUAUUAUUCCUUGGAGAUGGCUUGUCCAUUGAAACUAUAGCAGCUGGACGAAUUUUAAAAGGCCAGUUGGAAGAUAAACUUGGCGAACGAAGCAAACUGACUUUCGAAAAUUUCCCAGCUCUUGGACUUUCGAAGACUUAUUGCGUUGAUAAACAAGUUGCGGAUUCUGCAUGCACUUCGACAGCUUACCUUGGUGGUGUUAAAGGCAAUUAUGGUACAAUUGGAGUUAAUGGUAAUGUAUCAUUAAACGAUUGUGCAAGUGCUAAGAAUCCAAUCAAUCAUGUUGAAUCAAUUGCAAGUUGGGCGCAAAAAGCAAAUAAGUCUUCUGGUCUUGUAACUAAUACACCUGUCACUCAUGCAAGUCCAGCCGGUGUAUAUUCGCACCUUGCAAAUCGGGAAUUUGAGAGUGAUAAUAAAGUUAAACUUGAAGGUCAUGAUCCUGCCAAAUGCCUAGAUGCAGCUUUGCAAUUAGUUUAUAACGAUGCUGGCAAGAAGUUAAAUGUUGUUUUGGGAGGAGGAACUAAACGCUUUUUGCCUAAUGGCACAUUGGAUUUCUAUGGAAAUUCCGGAGAACGGUUAGAUGGACGAAAUCUUAUCAGAGAAUGGCGCCAUUCGAAAACAGGAGUUGCAAAAUCAGUGUUUAAUCUGCAACAAUUGCUGGCAAUUGAUUUCAAUAAUACUGAUUAUUUAAUGGGACUCUUUGCUUCCGAAGAAAUGAAAUUCAAAACUGAUGCUGAUACUAUUAAAGAACCUUCCCUUGAACGAAUGACAGAAGCAGCUAUAAAAAUCUUGCAGAAGAAUGAUAAUGGGUUCUUUCUUUUUGUUGAAGGUGGCCAUAUUGAUACAGCUCAUCAUGAAAAUAUGGCACAAAAAGCACUCAUUGAGACUCUAGAAUUUUCAAAGGCAAUUCAAAAAGCUUUGGAUAUGACUAACUCGGAAGAAACAUUGAUUGUUGUUACCGCAGAUCAUAGUCACACUAUGACUUUCAGUGGAUAUUCGGAUAUUGGGAAUAAUAUUUUGGGACUGAAUACAGAAAGGAGUGAUAUUGACAAAUUGCCAUACACAACUCUCAGUUAUGCCAAUGGACCAAGUUAUUAUAAGCAUUUUAAUUGGACUGGAGAUCGUUUGGAUUUAAGUAAUGUGAAUGUUUUGGAUAAAGAAUUCCAGUAUGUAAGUACAUUUCCUUUAAAAAUUGAAAGUCAUGGUGGGGAAGAUGUUGCAGUCUAUGCUAAUGGACCCUGGUCACAUUUGUUUACAGGAUCCUUAGAACAAAACCUUAUACCUCACAUGAUGGCUUAUGCGUCAUGCAUUGGAGAUGGUUUAACAAUGUGCCAGAAGCAGAAAACAAAGAGUUCAGGAACAGUUCUUCAAGUUUCAGUUAUUCUCAUCAUGUUAAGCUUUGUGAUAACUUUAUUUAAAAAUCAAUAAUACAAAAUCUAUGUAUGUUUUAAUACUUUGUAAAAUAAAUUAAAAAAAUAAAUAAAUAAAUUCCAAAAUUUUGCAUAAUUUCAGAAAAGUGUAUUAUAAA